GGAGCACAGCGCGCGCGUGCGAGCCGCCAGCCGGCUGCAUGGCGCGCUGCGAGCGGCUGCGCGGCGCGGCCCUGCGCGACGUGCUGGGCCAGACGCAGGGAGUCUUGUUCGACUGCGACGGGGUGCUGUGGAACGGCGAGCGCACCGUGCCGGGCGCCCCUGAGCUGCUGCAGCGGCUGGCGCGGGCCGGCAAGAACACGCUGUUCGUGAGCAACAACAGCCGGCGCGCGCGGCCCGAGCUGGCGCUGCGCUUUGCCCGCCUGGGCUUCGCGGGGCUGCGCGCCGAGCAGCUCUUCAGCUCCGCGCUGUGUGCCGCGCGCCUCCUGCGCCAGCGUUUGUCGGGGCCUCCCGACGCACCGGGCGCCGUGUUCGUGCUGGGCGGCGAGGGGCUGCGCGCCGAGCUCCGUGCCGCGGGGCUGCGCCUGGCGGGGGACCCCGGCGAGACCCCGCGCGUGCGCGCCGUGCUCGUAGGCUACGACGAGCAUUUUUCCUUCGCCAGGUUGACCGAAGCGUGCGCGCACCUGCGCGACCCCGACUGCCUGCUCGUGGCCACCGAUCGCGACCCUUGGCACCCACUCAGCGACGGAAGCCGGACCCCCGGUACCGGAAGCCUGGCUGCUGCGGUGGAGACAGCCUCGGGACGCCAGGCCCUGGUGGUGGGCAAGCCCAGCCCUUACAUGUUCCAGUGCAUCACGGAAGACUUCAGUGUGGACCCUGCCCGCACACUGAUGGUGGGGGACCGCCUGGAGACCGACAUACUCUUCGGCCACCGCUGUGGCAUGACCACCGUGCUCACGCUCACGGGCGUCUCAAGCCUCGAAGAAGCCCAGGCUUACCUGGCGUCGGGCCAGCAUGACCUUGUGCCUCACUACUAUGUGGAGAGCAUUGCGGACUUGAUGGAGGGGCUGGAGGACUGAGCCCACCUCCCCCGUUCCCUGAUCCCAUAGAUGGAGGCUACAGACCGUGAGUCAUACUCAGUACCAUGAGCUCUCUGGCACGGGUGUCUGUACCCCAGCGAAGGGGGCUGGGAUCCAGGAAGGUUUGUGGGCUCUCACACCCCUCCCAGCCGUGGCUGGACACUCUGCUCUUCAGAAGCUGUCCCCCCACAUCUUGAAGGUUUACCCUGGCCUGACCCCACCAGGCAGCCUUAUUUCCUUCCUGUCCACCUCCCCCUUUGGGCCCCAAAGCCAAAUGAAGGGUUUUUCCAACCUUGAGUACCUAAGCUCCUUCCAUUCUCUGGGACUCCAGUGCUCUGUCCCUAGGUCCUUGUCGGCCAAUCGGAGGUCUCGGGGACUUCAGCUGGGUCCUGGCCUGAACGGGCCUAUGGAAGGGGAGCUGCUGCUACCUGGCCUGUUAGUGUCUCCGAGCGGGCCUUCAGUGGACCAAGUAGGAGCUUAAAGGAUGCCUUGCAUAUCCUGGAGCCCCAGAGCACCAGUCAGAGGCUAAGUGUCCAUCAGGACAGCAAGUAACAGUCCACUGGCCUCUUAAAUCCCAAAUAGAACAAUCUACAAGUCCAAGAGACUUGUGGCCCUUUGACAAUCCUGGCCUGACUGGAUCUGCCCAGGGACCAGGUCCUGGCAGCGCAGGGUGAUGAAUGCCCGUACAGAUAGCACUGAGGAGGCUGAGGUAAGAGGAUUGCUUGAGUCUGUGUGACCUGGGUUGCAGUCAGCCCUCAGGUCAGACAGAGUCAACCUCGAAGUCACCCCCUCCACACACUGCUGAGUGGGACCCCUCUGUGACCCUGGGUGUUAUGGAGAGGUUCCCACUCCCACUUUAGUACCGUCCGGUGUUGAUGGCCUUUUCAUCUUGGAGGGGCCUCAUGUGCCCACCUGCAGUCAGUGUUCGCGGAGCGGCCUCUCCACCCGCCCAUCCCUAGCUAUUUAUUUGUUUAUUUAUUGUGUGCCAGUGAAAGUGGGGGCCAGGCGGGAACUUCCUACCCCCUCCACCUGUGGUAACCAGUCUUUGAACUUAAUAAAAUGUGAAUGGAAGUG